AUGGCUCUCAUGGACCUGAUAGAACAAGGGAUCCAUCCUGAACCUGCCAGCGAGGUGGUGGUGCGAAAGCCCAAAACUGUGGGGAAAAGAUGUCUGCACUCCACACGUUACAGAGCUUACACAAGAUCACUUCCAGAUCCUGACAUCCUGGCAUCAGGAGAAAAACUAUGCCAUCUGGAGUCCCAACCCCUUAUGGCCCUUGGCCUAGAUGGUCUCUCAACUCUGGAGCUGGUGUCAUCCAAAUUUGGGCCUGUGCCUCAGGGCUCAGCGAUGUCCUACCAGUGCCCACCUGAGAAGUCCUGCGCUUGCAGAGGAAGUGCGGAGGAGUCGUCUCCUGCCACAGCACUGGCAGCUGGGAUGAUCAGGGGGUCCACUGAACAAGCUGCCGUCAUGAAGCGUGGCCUGCAGAUGGAGUCAGAGGUGCUGGCAAACUAUGCUGAGAUGCUGAGUGUCAACGUGCUCCCUGUGGGAGUCGUCGCUCGCCCAGACACAUCUUAUCUUGGUGCAACACCAGAUGGCAGGGUGUAUGACCCAUCAGAAUUGCCCCCAUUUGGACUGGUUGAGGUCAAAAGUAGUACGAAGAAUGAUGUGUUUCAAGUUGCUCACCUCAAGGUUCAGGAUGGCCAUGCAAGUCUGAGGCGUUCACAAGCCUACUGCUGGCAGAGAGGCGCUACGAGGCUGGGUGUUGGCGCCUCUAACCGAGAGAAGAAGCUGCUGCUGCCCCUGAGUCGUGUCCGUCCGCCCGGCAGAGAAAUCCUCGCUUCCCGAGUUGAAACAAACGGCUCGAAGCUUCUAAAGAUGUCAAAGAUCUGCACUUUGGUGUUUAUGACACUUGUGUCUCUAAUGUCUGCUGCAGCAGAGCCAGUUGAAGAGGACCCUUUUACCUUUGACUACCACAGACUGCGUGUUGGAGGCCUGAUCCUUGCAGCUGUCCUCUGCCUUAUUGGCAUCACUAUUCUGCUCAGUGGCCACUGCAGGUGCAAGUUCAACCAGAACAAGAGAAGGAGGACAGGAAGCAACCCUCAGCAGAUGCUUAUGGACCAAGGUCGUGCCUGUGACUGCUAGAGAAGAUUGAGAGCACACCAACAUCAGAAGAGCAGCAGUGGGAAGUUACACCACAAAAAUAUCCUAUUGUUAUGUAGAAAGUUAAGGAUGUAGUCUUUUAUGAGUUGCCUACAUCUCAACAAACUCAGACUUACUGUACAUAAUUCGGUCACUUUUAUUUUACUCUGUUAAACUUAAAAUGUUUUGACCAUCUGACCUAAAACAUAUGAGACAUUGUCAGCAGACUUGACUGACUGAAGUGACAGUGAUUUAUUCAAUGAAAACACCAGUUCACCAUAAAUUCUUAAAUAUACACAUCCUGUAGGUAAUGUCUGGCAACACAUUUAAAUAUAUAUAUAUAUUGUUUGUGUACAGUAAAUGUUAAUGUCUCCCACUGACCAACCUAACCCACUGUCUGUGGUUCAUGUUAAAUUUAUGAAACACAUGCUGUCAUGAGAACAUUUUAGAGAUUUUCUCUUUCAUGUGGAUUAGCGUAGAGGGUUGUACUAUUCAAUGUUUCUAUAAAAUAAAAGUUUAAACACAUUUGA